AUGGUGGAUGACUCUGCACGCGCUCGACUGGACUACCUAUGGGCCGCUGCAGUGGCUGAUAACGAUUGGGCGUUCCACACGUCCAAGUCGCCAGCCGUGCAGAACUUCGUGGAUGCGGCUGUUGCCUUCGGGAAACAAUACACCCUCCCAUCCCCCUUCAGGGUUUCUGGUGUUUUGCUUCAAAAACUGGUAGCGGAUACCGAGGACCUUGUAAGGCCCCUGAAGGAGAGUUGGAACACUAGCGCCUGCACCAUCUCCGUGGACGGCUGGACCUGCAUGAAGAGCCGUGGGCUCGUGUGUGUCAUAGCCCACAAUGACACGGCGCCUGUCAUCGUGAAGACCGUGGACUCCAAGACCGCGAAGAAGACGGGGGAGUACUUAGCCGGCCUCAUCCGGACCUCAAUCGCUGAGGUUGGAGACAAGAAGGUGGUGCAGGUGGUCAUCGACAAUGCGUCCAACAACCGUAGGGCGGCCGACAUCCUCCGGGACGGUUUUCCUGCAGUGUUUUUCAACAACUGUGCGGCGCACGUCCUGGACCUGAUGCUCCACGACAUCGGGAGGGUCCGUGCUGUGCGGCGAGUGCUCAACCAGGUGCACAGGGUGGUUAUGAUCGUCAAGGGAAGCGCGUCUGCCGUCACGCUCUUCCACGAGUUGUUUAGCACUUUGUCCUUGGUGCGGCCCGGUGCAACACGCUUCGACACGCAAGUUAUCAUGCUUGCCCGCUUCCUGGAAGUAAAGAAAGCGCUCAAGGAGAUGAUCAUCAGUGAGGAGUGGGAGUCGGUGGCGGUGGCGCGCUCUGAGGAGGGUCGAGCUGUCCGCCAGCUCCUCUUGGAUGAGGUCUUUUGGGAGUGCGCGACAGCGGUCCUCCGCCUCAUGACACCCGUCCAAAUGAUGCUGAAACGCACCGCUCUCUUGCCGGCCAAAGACAAGCCGGCCUUUCUGGCCGCCAUCAAGGCUAUCAUAGCAAGGAGGUGGGACUCCCAGCUCCACAAUCCACUCCAUGCUAUGGGGUGGCUUCUGAACCCGCGCAAUCAGUACGGCAAAGAGGUGAAGAACGAUCCCGAGGUAAGGCUUGGGGCGGAAGCGGUGAUCCAGGCCCGUGGGGGAGACGUCGCACAACGCGCGCUGCUGUUGGCGCAGUUGACGCAGUUUCAUAAAGGAGAGGGGCUGAUAGGGUCCGACGAUGCCCGUUGGGCAGCAACGGUGUUGGUGGCGAGUGGGCGCUUGACGGAGGCAGAGUGGUGGCUGAUGUAUGGGGGGGGAUUGCGAGCGCUCAUGGGGAUGGCUGUGACGGUGCUGUCACAGCCAGUCACGUCUUCUGAGGUCGAACGCUACUGGUCCGCCAUUGCACGGGUGCAGAGGCGGGACCGUAACCGCCUCAGUGCCAACAAGAUGAUGGACGUGACUGAGGUGGCGUUCGCCAGGAGGGCCAGGGAUGCUUUCGAUAGGAAAUCACGGCAGAGGGAGAAGCUUUAUGCCGAUCUGGCCAACGGCACCCUCCAGCAAGGGAGUGCCGUGGAACCGGCAGCAGCAGAGGAAGAGGAAGUGGGGGACGACGAGGAGGAGGGAGAAGGGAAUGAGCAGCUAUGCACCAUUGAUUGGGACCUAUUCGGGAACAUUGGGAAGCAGAAGAAGAAGGGGCCAAAGACCGCUAAAAGGAAGAGAAACGGGAAGGCCAAGAAGCCUACCAAGGGAAAGAGGAAGGCAACAUCCGUGCGAGAGGAAGAGGGUGAGGAGGAGGAGGCGGCGGAUAGCAGUGGAGGGGAGGAGGAGGACGUGCCCACCAAGGCUCAAAAUGGCGCGGAUCCUUGGGACAUUAGUGACGGGUCUAGUGGGGAGGAAGAGGAGGAGGCGGAUGAGGAGGAGGAGGAGGAGGAGGAGGAGGAGGAGGAGGAGGAGGAGGAGGAGGAGGAGGAGGAGGAGGAGGAGGAGGAUGAGUAG